UCUUAGGCGGAGGGAAAAGGGAAGGCUUCUUGGCGACGAAAGAACUGGUCGUAAAGUAAACCGUAAACAGAACAACCGCUGGACAAACCCUUCCAGUGUCCACACUUUUUGGGCAAUUCGCCACCCGGAACGACAUCUUGUUGCGAUUUUGUAGUCAAUUUAAUCGACCUGCACAGUUGGGAGCCGCAAUGUCUGGGGUUGUGCGAGGCCCGGCGGGAAACAACGAUUGUCGAAUUUACGUGGGCAACCUACCGCCCGAUAUACGCACUAAAGAUGUGGAGGAGGUCUUCUACAAGUACGGUACUAUUCGGGACAUCGACCUGAAAAACCGCAGAGGAGGGCCGCCUUUCGCUUUUAUUGAAUUCGAAGACCCAAGGGACGCCGGAGAUGCCGUCUAUGGCCGGGACGGAUACGACUACGAUGGUUACCGGCUGCGCGUGGAGUUCCCCCGGAGCGGCAGGGGUUCCAGAGGCAGCAGUUUCGGCGGGGCUGGAGGCGGUGCCGGCGGAGCUCCCAGAGGUCGAUACGGGCCCCCGUCCAGACGUUCCGAGUACAGGGUGGUUGUAUCCGGACUCCCUCAGAGCGGCAGCUGGCAGGACCUAAAGGACCAUAUGCGCGAGGCGGGCGACGUGUGCUACGCGGACGUGUACCGGGAUGGCACGGGCGUUGUAGAGUUUGUGCGCAAAGAAGACAUGACCUAUGCCGUCCGAAAGCUGGACAACUCCAAGUUCCGCUCGCACGAGGGAGAGACGGCGUACGUUCGCGUGAAAUUAGAUGGUCCCCGCAGCCCCAGUUACGGACGAUCUCGCUCGCGCAGCCGCGGCAGCCGGAGCCGAAGCCGCAGCCGCACCCCCAGCCGCAGCCGGAGCCGAAGCGACUCUCGAGGACGCGGACGGCCCUCGCCGCGCUACUCGCCGCGUCACAGCGGCUCCCGAUCGCGAUCGCGCUCCUAGGAAAGCCGGUGGCUUUAUUCCCUUUUGCUCAACUUCCCUCUGCUGCCCUGUGAUGUAACUAGGGUUGCAAAAACGGGAGGAAUUCCAGUAAAUUUCUUUCUGGAGUUAAAGGGAAAAAUGACACCGUUAUCAUGUUUGUCCCAGCAGAAAGAAUAUUCUUUCAUGAAUUAAAAAAAAAAAAAAAAAAAAAAAAAAAA